AUGUCAAAAAUAUACGAUCAGAGUGCGCACCAUACUUAUUUUCAAUCUCACAAACAAAGAGCAGAGGUUUCAAAGCUCUUGAAUGAUAUAUUGCUUAAACCUCAGAUACAACCUGAAGUUAUCUUGAACAAUUUGAUUAAAGUCAUCACGAUUGUCAAUGGCGAAUGGGAACCGUAUUCACCCGCAUAUUUUGGAUCUACUCAACCAGAAUUAUUAUUUCAAUUUCUUAAAAGCGAGGGAAUAUUGAAAGCACAACCACAAAUUCGAGAUGAUAUAAUUCACAUAUUAUCACACGGAGCGAGUGUUGUUUAUGCAUUAAUUAAUCCUACGAAUAAAUUAUCAACUGUCGAAAAUACCAUGGUUUUACUUAACAUCAUUGUCGAGCCGCAUAACAAUGAUGAAAAAGAAAAUGCUAUUGUCGUUUUGAAAUACAUUAUGAAAUAUACGACUCUGAAACUUGAAGAUGAAAAAAUCGCAGAUUUCCUUGCAGAAAAAUUAGAUGAAAUUUGUCCAUCAAUUAUUUGCUAUGUCGUCGAAAAACUAAGCUCAAUGUCAGAAAAUACAGCAACUAUAUUAACAAAUUAUCUAAUGAAUUACAUUGACGAUCACAAAAAUUCUACAGAUGAUUUUGAAAACGAACAACGAUCAUUGGCAUUGGAAGCCAUUUCGUUUAUUCCAAAAGCUUCAGAAAAUCAUGCUCAAGUUUAUACUUUAAUGGAAUUGUACUUACAAUCGGACCAGCUAGUAUACAAUGAAUCAGGAUUAAUAGUUGCACAGUCAGUUUCUUUGAGUAUCGAAACAAUCAAAAAUUAUAUUCUUAAAUUCUUGGAUAGCAAGGAGUAUUCACUACUUUUCCAUACUAUUAGUGUACUUAUUUCAUGUUCUCCAGUCUGGGAUAAGGAUGACGAUUGUUGUUACAUCAUUAUUGAUAAAAUAAAUGAUUUGUUAAAUUUCGGUAGCGCUACAAUCCAAGAUAAGGCUAUUGAUCUUCUUAGCUUCGCAGAUCCUACUAGUUCCAGAAUUACUGAAGAAAUUCUUGACACUGUAAUUGAAAUGUUGGCAACGAAGUCAAAUAUAUUUGAAACCGCACAAAUUCUUAUUAAUACUGUGUUCAACAUCAGAAGAGGCACAUUAGAAUGCGGUAUUACUAUGGACGAAUUUAGGGACAAGUUUUUUGAAAAUGAACAGGAAAUUAUUGAGGCUUUAAAGAAUUCACCAGAUGCUCAAGAACAAUUUCAAAAGUUGGUCGCAAUUCUUCAAGCGGAUGCUGAAUAUUAA